AUGCGUAUUAAAGGCGCGUUCACGGUCCUCAGCGGGCUCGUAUUGUCAAAUUGUCCACAACUCAAUGCGCAGUCCGUCCAAUGUGCUACAGUUGCCGAAGGUUGUAACGCCGGAUCCGUCAGCGAAGCCGCAGUUACCAAUGCGAUCGAUAGAUUUCAAACCGGUCUUUUCUACGGUGGGGGUGAUGAAUCUAUCAUUUUAUCCUCCGCUAGCAAUGGCAACAAUGUUGCUAUGAUCACUUAUCUUUGCAAUGAUAGAUCCCCACCCCCGAGGCUUGAAGGAUCGGUUAUCCGAACGAACUUUCGGAAAAUACUGUCCUGCCCCAAUCGAUGUGGGGGGGUCGCCCUCUCCUCUAACAGCAAUUGUGGCUUUGGAGUAUUGAUUGCUAACAACGCUGUCAAUAUUGGCUGUUUCUCGAAGGCCAUAGACGUGGUACCUCAUGGUACGACGACUACGGCGGCCACUACAAGUCGCACCACUACAACCGGGCAAUCAGCACCAACAAUCAACCCGAGCACAAAUGGCUUCAACUAUUAUGGCUGCUAUUCUGAUGAUGUAAAUACUCGGGUUUUGAGCAAUCAAUAUGUUGAUGCAAAUGGCAUGACGAUCACGGCUUGUAUGGCCAGAGCGGCUGGAUACAACUUCGCGGGUGUCGAAUAUGGUCAAGAGUGUUGGUACGGUAAUACGCUGGCCGGCACCAGCCAUGCAGAGUCAAGUGGCUGCAAUAUGCCCUGCCCUGGUAAGGCAACCGAGCUAUGUGGAGGUGGCAAUCGCAUUCAACUCUAUAAGAAUCCUUCAUACCAGCCACCUGGGCAGCCGGAUACCGGGGCCUUCGUGCAUCAAGGUUGUUACACAGAUAGUGUGGAACAAAGAGCCCUAGAACAUACUACCACCGACUGGGAGGGGAUGACUAUUCAAAAGUGCCUGCAACUUGGCGCAGGUUUCAAAUACGCAGGUGUCCAAUACUAUGGCGAAUGUCAUUGGGGUAACGUUCUGAGUAGCUCAUCGUCGCCAGCGGCAUCGGGUGACUGUAAUACCCCAUGUGCUGGUGACAAUACUCAGAAUUGCGGAGGUGGAAAUCGCCUGUCGCUCUACUUGAACACAGGAUAUGCGGAGCCAGAGCCGCCAGAACCACCAAAGUUCAAUGAAGGACCCGACCCGUGGUCGCUCGUAGGAUGUCAUUCUGAUAGCACCAGCAACAGAGCAUUCCCCUAUUCGGACACCGGUUCCACUAUGACAGUGGCGAAGUGCCUAGAGUUAGCAAUCGGUUUCAAGUACGCUGCUGUACAAGGGGGUAACACAUGCUACUGGGGUGACGAAUUUACCAGCUCAGUAGUGGACUCAAGCCAGUGUAACAGCGUUUGCGCCGGCGAGUCCGGCGAGAUCUGCGGUGGGUCACUCAGGAAUUUAAUAUACGAGAACGCCGACUUUGAAGUGCCAGAUCUCGCUGGUAUGAUAGUAAUUAUGGAGGAGUUAUGGGCUUGUGAGAAAGCAGCAGAGACUGAUCUCAGAGAAUAUGACGACCUACGGCUUCAAGCUGAAGCGGAGAGCCAGCAAGGUGGAAAUAAGCACAAGCGGUUUAUACCAUUAGCAUGGGUGGCCCGGCUUACUGUGGCUUGGACAAACGCGAGAAGAGUAUGCCUUAGAUGCUUGGGAAUCAAUGUAAGAUUCACGGCAAGAAUGCAGACCGCUUGGAGAUAUGUCAACCGCUAUCUUCCAGGUAGAGCACCGCAAGUGGUAGAGGAGUUUGAGAUGCAGGCUUUAAUUUUGGCGCCAAGGCAUGGAGCGGUGGUCCAAAGAUGGGCCGGUGGCGUUGUUGCACAAAGGGUGGAGGAAAUUGCCGCUGGUGUCGUUGUGGGUGCAUAUUAUUUUCUCCAAAUCCAACAAGCUUAUCAGGAUAUCAACGACGCUCUGCAGUGGCAUAGGGAUGUUUACGGACCCGUUCAGCCAACAGACCCCGACCCACCAGAUAACCCGGAUGACCCGGAUGAUCCGCCAAAUGACCCUGAAGAUCUAGCUCCAUGCCCCUGCGGCAUAUCUGGGUGCUCAGUUCCCGGCUUAAAACUGGCCCGAUCGGAACCCAUGAAGUCUAAGCCAUUGGAGAAGCGUACCUCUGGUGAAAAGUACUCUUUGUCCCAGUGUCCCACUAUCAGCUAUAAAACAUCAGAGUACCCAACCAGCGGAGAGAUAGUUGGCAUUUACGGUGCCUAUCAACUGACUAUUGAUCAUCUUGACAUCAACUUCUAUACACUACCACCUCUUAUUCCGUGUCUAUGGAAUAUCCGGGCCUAUACAGGAGCUCAGCGAGCGAAUCCAAGAACAGCCGUAUUGGCAGAAUACGCUACAGAACAUGUUUUCGAAAAUCACAUCAUGAAAGGAUUUUUCGACGAAAUGGUGAUCGAUGAAUGCGCUCCGUGUACCGCUGAUGCCCAGGGCCCGGGAAUUAAUGAAAUGUUUUUCACCAGAACACCCACGGGGUCGCGUUACCACUUAGAAACAUUUGAGCGGUUCAUGGUACCACUACUGACCUGGUUUAACAAAGCUUAUCCAAAUCAAGGACGCCUUGCCGAGUUUUUCGUUUUAGAACAGCGAAUCAACAAGCACAAAAAUGCGGUUCUAACCCCGACUACUGCACCUGAUCAAUUAGGCGUUGGGCUCGAUAUGCAGGAGUUUAUUGAGCACGUCGGCAGAGUUCAGGCAGUAUUCCAGUAUAUGAAUAGGGUUGCUGUUGCACAAGUGUUUGUGGCCACCUUCGUCCGGCUUUACAAUGAAUUCGAACAAUUCGAUAAUGAUGUUCCUUAUGGUCAGCAGCACGGCCCGAGAGACGGCCCUGGCACACCAUGCCUCGCCGCGUCAGAUGCUCCAACCGGGGCAGGUUGGAGUUAUCGAUUUCUCCAUUAUAUUGCUGCAUUCCUAGUGGAUUGCGAAACAAAGAUGGGGGCAUGGGCCGACCAAACGGCACUAAACUUUAUAGUUCGACGGGACACAAGGUGGCCGGUGGCGAACCCUCCGACUGCGCCCAUCCCUCAAGGUAGGAUCGACUUCGACGCAUGGCUCACAGCCAUGAGAGCACCAGGAGGCCUUUUACAUCGAAAUUCCUUUAAGUUCGAUCGGACGUUAUAUGCUACAUUCGGGCUACAGUAG